CCUUACUCUACCUAAUCUACCACCGAAAUACAAAACACAAUGCACCUCCCCACCCUCCCCCUCCUCACCACAACCCUAACAACCCUAUCCCUAAUCCCCCCGCCCUAUCCGCAAUCUGCUACCCCGACGCCUUCUCCACCGGCAAAAACUGCGCCUCCCUCCUCAGCAUCAAGAACUUCUACUCACUCCAAUACUGCAAUUACCGGUGGAACGUCCUCUACGGGGACUGGGACCACUUCACAUCAGAUAAUCGUGGGCAAAACCGGCACGUUUGAUAGUAUUGAGGACUGUUUGGAUGGGUUUCAGGAUGUGGUGGAGACGUGUCAUGGGGAAUUUGUGGGCGGGGUGCUGGUGGGCGGGAAUGUUAGUUUGGAUGUGCAUUUUUGUGAUUGGUAA